UUGGGGUCCCCUGGCCCUCGCCCAGCAAAUGUACGUUCUUGUCCAAGUACCAUGAAACCCCAGCCAUCGCCUACCAUCGUCGGUCGAUCCAUGGCUCACGACAAUGCCCUGGACAACGCAGUCUGGCUGCCUAGGUCUGUUGAAGAGUUGCUCCACCGGAUUUGUGUUGAGCAGUCGCUGCUCCAGCCGGACCCUGGGGCCAGGAGGGCCCUGGCCGACCUGGGGGAAGCAGCCGCCUUAGACGUCCUGAUGCAGAUGUCAGGAAGAAGAAUAAGAAAUUUUUCUGGUUUCAUCUUGUACAUGGCGAAUAACUUCCGCCCUAUACCCACCCAGGAGAGUUUCGCUGACACUCUGCCCUCGGGCUCCUCCUCUCCUUUGCGCAGCUGUGGCGUGUGCUCCGAAGAAUCACUUCAGAGCGAUCCUCGAUACGUGGCUCCGUCAUCAUCUGGGCAGUCAAUAAGUCCUCAGCUCAUAGCACUGGGGCAGCUUGAAUUCAGGAAGGCUUUUUUGAUUCUAAGUUAUUUAGGAAGGUACAAGUUAGAAGAAACUAUAUCAGUUGAAUUUAUCAAGCAAAUUCAAUGGUUGAACAUGGAUCAGUUUGAGUCAGUUGUUUGGGAGGAAUUGAGGUCUAAAUGCAUUCCGCUGCUUGAUAGGAGAAAGAGCUCGGACUGGGAUUCCAGUAAGGCUCAUAUAUACCAUUGUCAUGUUGAUUUAGAGGGACAUUUAAUCUUUAAGGGUCCUUACUUGCAACUUCAAAGAACUCAUAUGCAGAGAGUGUUGGGUGAUGAUAAUGUCUUGUUAGUAAAAUUUGCUGAGGAAAUGAAUAUUGGAAAAGGAUCUCAUGCUUUCCAGGGAUAUGAGUCAAUAUACCACAAGGUUGCUCAAGAGGGAAUUCUUGUGGGAUUACGACGCUAUCAGUUUUUUGUUUACAAAGAUGGUGGCAAGGAGAAGAAAAAAAGCUCCAUUAGUUCCCCCGUGAAAUGUUAUUUUGUUCGCAUGGAAUCAAAUUGGAUAGCUGAUCAGGAAAAACCUUAUAUACUAUCAGACAAGUUCAUACAUGAGUCCAGAGCUGUUUUUAUGCAUGUACAUACAGUUUCAAGUUUGUCAAAAUAUAUGGCCAGAUUUUCUUUGAUCUUGUCCAAAACGAUGAAGUUAGAUAUUGAUCUUGCGUCAGUUCAUGUUGAAAUGAUUGACGACAUAGUAUGCGUGGAUGAUGAUGGGAACAUCUCCUAUGAUGAAAAUGGUGAGCCACUGAUCCACACUGAUGGAACUGGGUUUAUUUCAGAAGAUAUAGCUUUGAAAUGUCCCCAUCAUAUCUUUAAGGGGAAAUGCUUGACACCAAUGAGUAACCAGUUCUUGGAUGGAUCUGAAAUUGCAGAGGAACCUCUCAACAUUACAAAGUCGCUUACUUCAGAAGCGCCUCUGCUUAUCCAGUUCCGUUUGUUUAACAAAGGAGCAGCAUUUAAGGGAACCCUACUAUUGAAUAAACUGCUUCCUCCGAGAACUAUACAAGUAAGACCUUCUAUGAGGAAAGUUAAAUCAGAUGCAAGUUUUUCUUAUAUUCAGUCUUGCAACUCCUUGGAGAUUGUUGCAACAAGCAAUCGACCAAAGCGGACAUGCUUAUCAAGAUACUUGAUUGCACUGCUUCACUAUGGAGGAGUACCCAACGAGUACUUUUUGGAACUUCUGAAAAAUGCUUUAGAUGAUGCUCAAAAUGCUAGGUACACCAAACUAGCUGCAAUCAGAGUUUCACUCAAGUAUGGGGAUAUGGAUGAUUUUCUGGUGUCACGAAUGAUACUUUGUGGGAUUCCACUUGAGGAGCCAUAUAUGCAAUUUCGUCUUUCUGUUCUAAUGAAAGAAGAAAGGAAGGGUCUGAAAGCAGGAAAGCUUCCAGUGACAGAUUGUUAUUAUCUAAUGGGAACUGUAGACCCAACUGGUUUGCUGAAACCUAAUGAAGUUUGUGUUGUUCUUGAAAAUGGACAAAUUUCUGGAGAUGUCCUUGUUUAUAAGCAUCCGGGUUUGCAUUUUGGUGACAUACAUGUUCUUUCAGCAAGGUACAUUAAGGAACUUGAGUUGUUUGUGGGAGAUUCUAAAUAUGCUAUUUUCUUCCCUACUAAAGGCUCACGGUCUUUAGCUGAUGAGAUGGCAAACAGUGACUUCGAUGGUGAUAUGUACUGGGUCUCUAGAAAUUCACAGUUACUGAGAUAUUUUAGAAGUAGCAAGCCGUGGGUUCCAAUGUCUAGCACAGCAGGUGUUCAACAAAAAGGACCACUUGAUCUUACUGAUAGAGAAUUGGAAAAGAAACUUUUUGAUCAAUUUUUAGCCAACAGGUUCAAGCCCAGUUACACCAUUAGUGUAGCUGCAGAUUGUUGGCUUUCAUAUAUGGAUAGGCUGCUGACUCUAAGCGAUGAUUGUGCGGAGGAGAAAGAAUGUCUAAAAGAGAAGAUUCUUAAGUUAGUUGACAUAUAUUAUGAUGCAGUGGAUGCACCAAAAAGUGGACUGAAGGUUGAUGUUCCCCCUGAACUCAAGGCUGAUAAGUAUCCACAUUACAUGGAGAAGUUGAAGUCAGAUUCUUAUACUUCAACAUCCAUACUGGGAUUGAUCUUUAAUAAAGCGGGUUCAGUGCAAACUGAAGAUAAUCAAUUUAAUGGAAUAUCAAAGCUAUCUUGUUUCAGUCGUUACUCCGAAUCUGGCCUAUCAUUGUGGAAGCCAAGGUACACGAAUUAUUUGAGUGAAAUGGCACAGGCAUUGGAACACGAAAUCGAAGAAUUCAAAGAGGAAAUGGCAGAUGACAUCAUCAAGAAAUAUAAGUGGAUGUUAUAUGAAGCUGCCGAGUUUGAAGACAGCCCAAGGAAACGUGAUGAUAUAUUUGAGGAGGCUCUUGCUAUUUAUAAUCUAGCAUAUGAUUAUGCACAAAUGGGAGGCGUUGGUAGGUGCAGUUUUGCUUGGAAUGUUGCUGGACGAGCACUAUGCAUGCUUCACGCAUCAAAACAAGAUGAUAAAUCCUUGAUUCCUUGCUCAAGAAGUGUACUUACAGAGAUUCUUGGGUAAUAAAAAUUCGAUAAAAGGAAAUUCAGACAAGGGGUUGAGGGUUUUUGUAUCUAAACUUUCCUCAUGAAUUAGAAGUAGGCAACAUAUAGCGAGCAUUUUAUGUAUUUCAAGAAAUCUGUCUUGUUUGAGUUAAAAUAGGUACAUGUAUGUUCUUGGCCAAGUUUCAAUUUGGUCAAAUUCCCAAUUUGCUCGAUCAUUGCUCUUGUCAAGGCACAAACUAGAAUUGCAUCCUGGCCCUACACUAAAUUUAAGUUCCGGUUAACUUCUCGUCACCUCACUUUGAUUAGAUUCAGACAAAAAUGUAUUCUUGUGUUUAUAUUCAUGUAGUAAUUUGGUCUAUCUCUAAAAUAGAUCUUCCCCUAAAAAUCCUGUUGUAGUCCAUAUAUAUAGAUACACGCGGUUUGAUAUGGUGC